GUAGUAGAAGAAGACAUACAUCCUCGCAGACAUGGGCUAGUCACUUCAAAAUAAGCCUUUUGUUUUAUCGGCGCCUCCAAUUCUUCCGACUUCCCACCCUCGAAGCCUCCCUGCUUCGCUCCAGCACCGUUCGAUCGUUCCUCAUCUCCGAUCAGAAUCGCCGCCCUCUUCUUCGAUCGCAGGACCUCCUCUCCGGUCGCAGGCGAAGAAUAGCUUCUCCGAUUUCCACUGAAAACGAACAGAUUUCUUGUUGAAGACUACAACAGGCAUCUGACUUGAGAAAAACAUACAUCACCGAACACUCUGCAUCGAUUAAAAGCAAAUUCAUCAAAAACCCUCAGCAAAUCAGAAAACAGAAUCUGUCAAAAACCCUAGAAUUAAUAAUGGAUGCAGAUACAGCUUUAGAGUUGGUGAAGAAAGGCGCCUCUCUUCUUUUCCUCGAUGUUCCUCAAUACACUCUUCUUGGCAUUGAUACUCAGAUGUUUUCUGUUGGACCUAAUUUCAAAGGUAUCAAGAUGAUUCCUCCAGGUCCUCACUUUAUAUACUACAGUUCUUCAAAUAGAGGUGGAAGUGAAUUUUCACCAAUGAUAGGUUUCUUUAUCGAUUUGAAUCCAUCUCAGGUAAUUGUUCGUAAGUGGGAUCCACAAGAGGAACGAUUAGUUAAAAUAUCAGAAGAAGAGGAAGAAAGAUACUCUCAAGGUGUAAAAAAUAUGGAGUUUGACAAAUACCUCGGGCCUUAUACACUAAAUCAAUUUGGAGAAUGGAAAAUGUUAUCAAACUACAUUACAAAAACUACCAUUGAAAGAAUUGAACCCAUUGGAGCAGAGAUCACAAUAAUUCAUGAACCCGACAUUUUUGUAAACAAUCCAAAAACUUCAAUGGAGGAAGCUUUAUCUGAGCAAUUAAAGAACACUAAAAUUCAAAAAUCUGAUGACAAAGUUGUAAAAAGAGGUUGUUAUUACACGAAAAUCCCACGUUUAAUUAAACAAAAGGGAAUCCUCGGGCAAGAUCUUACUUCCUUGAAUCUUGACAAGACAAGUCUUUUGGAAAGCAUUUUGAUUAAAGAAUAUGGAGGAAUGGAAGAUUUGCUUCUUGGAGAGAUGCAAUUUGCUUUUGUUGCAUUUUUGAUGGGACAAUCACUUGAAGCAUUUCUUCAAUGGAAAAAUUUUGUUAACCUUUUAUUUGGUUGCACUGAAGCUCCUCUUCAUACACGGAGUAAUUUAUUUACUAAGUUUAUCAAGGUUCUCUAUUAUCAACUCAAGUAUGCAUUUCAAAAAGAAAAUAAUGUUGCUACAAAAGGGUCUAUCACAUUGUUAGAUGAUUCCUUUUUAUCUUCUGAUAGUUUUCUUCAACAUCUGUGUAAGGAGUUCUUUUUGCUUGUGCUUGAAGCUCCCUUUGUUGAUGGAGACCUUUUGUCUUGGACAAGAAAACUUAAAGAGUUACUAGAGUCAUCUCUUGGAUGGGUAUUUGAGCAUGACACGAGAGAUGGCAUCUUUUAUGAAGAAGAUGACGAGUUUGCUCCGGUGGUGGUGAUGUUGGAGGAGUGAAGAUAUGAUGGACUUUUGGCGAAUUAGGAAACAACAUCAAGAUUUUUCUUUUUUGGGUUAUAACAAGAAAUUUUUGUGCAAUGUCUAUUUAUAGUAGGGAUUUCAGAUGAAUUUUGUGUAUAAAAGUUAAUGUCAUAGGGAAAUGUUUGAUUGUGGGUUGUGAAUUUUGUGGAAUGUGGCUAAUUUCAUGGAGUAGAUAAAAUGUUAAAAAAAAGGCUAGUUUAUACUUUAUAGAAAUGUAACAACUUUUUUAUUA